UGCCGUGCACCAACGUAUGCGUGACACAUGACAUGACGUGACGUGAACGGUGAACCAGCUUGCGACGCCAAAAUCGUUUCUCGAAUACACCUCGUGGUUUGGUUGACAAGGUUUAUAUUUUGCACGAAAUUGUCUAUUUCCUCAACUAAAAUGACCGAUCAACAAUGUAAGUUGUGUCUUUAUCUGCUUCUUCACCUUCAUAGAUGUUUAAUGUAGAAUUUGUUGCUGAAAUUUAGGCGUUUUUGAGUGGUUUAGUGGGCACAUCUAAACACCUGCCCAUAAACACCUUGACUUGUGUAUUUGUUUGCUGGGGGAAAUAUACACCAUAUUGACUAAUGUUUACUGCCAACCGUACGAAUGUAGACCGUUAUAAUACUCUUUUUAUUAACAUUACUGGAAUUUUAGUAGGUACAAGUUAAAAUACAUAGAAUCGAGCUGUAAAAUGCUUGUGGUUUUGAAGCCAUCUGCAUGUUGCACUGUAAAACGAUGACAACAUUUUAUAUGUACCGUAUUUUAUGAUUUUGUUUUAUGAUAUCAUCCAUUGUUUUUAGAUUCAUCAUACGGCCCUGCACCAACAGCAGGAGCACAGCAAGGCUAUGGAGCACAAGGGUAAGGUUUCUUAUUGCUGACUUGUUUUGCAAGAGCUUUCAUUGUAGCUUCUGUUAACACUUGUAGGCUCGGUUCUAGAAUACAGAUACAGGUACAGAUAUUUCACAGCACACUCCCUAUCAGGGCUUUUCAGUGACUGGUUACAUAAUUUUUAUGAAUAGCUAGAUAGAUAGAACCGGACUGACGUGAAGCAGACCGAGGUAGACUUUGAGCUUACAAAUGGCGCUUGAGCAGCCGCUAUUUGUCCAUACCUCAUUAAUGAUCUGCCUCCAGACCUAUGUGCCUAACCCACCCUGUCAACUUUCCCUGUGGGAGGAAACACGGAGUACCCGGAGAAAACCCACGACUUUCGGCAGAGCGUUGACUUUUACUUUUUUCGCAUGAGGACUGGGUUCGAGUCACAUUGAGAAGUUCUCACUGAGAUUCGAACCUGCGGCCUUAGAGGUGAAAGGCAAGUGCGCUAACCACUUCGCCACCGAAGCCCCCUAGAAUACCUCGCCACUGCGUUUAGCGGUGUGUAAAAUUAUGUUCCCAUGGUUAGAAGUUAGGUUUGGGUUAGCGUUAUGGUUAGUGGUUAGGUUAGCUUUACGGCUAUGGUAGGUGUUUAGUGUAACCCUCGUAUUUACACCCUGUAUAUGUUCUAGGUAUGGUGCCCCCACUCAACAAUCGUAUGGUGGCUACCAACAACAGGCUGGUGGUACCACUGGUUACCAAACAGCAGCGUAUGGUACUGCUACAACACAGCCAUCGAGUACCGCAUACAGCCAGGCUAAUACGUACCAGCAGAGUGGUUAUACGCAUGCAGGGUAUGGCCAGCAACCGGCAUACCCUAGCACGCAAACUACAAACACUUAUCAGCAAGUGUCGACCACUGGACAGUAUGGUAGUGCCACACAGCAAACUGGCUACCAACAAAGUGGGUACCAAGCUUAUGGUAAUAGUAACAACCCACCAGCGACUACACCCGUAGCAUCAACUGGUUAUGGUCAAAGCUAUGGUGGUCAGUCCGGUGGGUAUGGUCAAUCAGGUGGUCAAGGUCAAUCAGGUGGUCAAGGUCAAUCAGGUGGUCAAGGUAGUUAUAAAUCUGGUGGUGACCAGCAACAGUAUGGUAGAUCUGACCAGAGAGAUGGUAGUUAUGGUGGUGGAGACAGAGGUUAUAGUGGUGGUGAUCGCGGCAGUGGUGGUGGUUACAGUCGCGGUGGUGAUGAUCGCUAUGGUAACAGUGGUGGUGGUUCAUAUGGUAGUCGUGGCGACCGUGGUUAUGGUGACAAAGGAGGAUAUGGAGGGUAUGUAUUUGUAAUGUUUUUAUGGGUAUCAUGUGUAGUAUUUUCAUCGGUUUCGCAGCCUUACUGUUUUAAAGUUUCGAUUUGCAAACAUGUUGAUUGGGAGAAAGACUUUAUGAGAUGGUUCUCAGGUUCUAGCAACGUAUUGGUUGAAAAAAUGAAGCUAUUCUAUAUCUAUAAAAGCUUCAAAUUGCAUUCGUACGUAAUUGUUGCCCGUUACUCAACAAAAACUUGUGAAAAGGUUCUAGCGAUAUUAUAACGUUCUUUACAUUUUGUGAGGAAGGUUUGUUUGUCGGUGCGAAGGUUUAGAAAUGCAAUGUGGCUAACUUACUUGUGCAGCAGUGAUAUAUGAAAUAAAAGGUCACUGAUUAUUAGUGCUUUUCGGUAUAAUGAUAGGGCCUAAAAAAAUACCUGUGGUUCUGGUUUCAUAUUGUGAAAAAAUUAGGGUAGGUAGGUCGGAAAUAAUUUUUUUUUUAAAUAUUUUUUUCAUGGUUUUGGUGUGUUUUUUUUUUUGCUGGGCGAUUUUCAGUAGAGUCCCAACAUCAAUAUUAACUAGAGAUGCGUAGUUCCUAUGGACGGAUUUUGGCAAUUUGGUUCCAUAAUUAUUGUGACAACAGACACCAUUUUGGCACACUGUAUGAGCAGCCCGCAAGGCCUAAAAAAAUGCCUGUGGUUCCGGUUUCAUAUCGCGAAAAAAAAAUGUUUUAAAUUUUUUUUUCAAUAAUUAGUGUCACAACAGAUGCCAUUUUGGCAGCAACCCACAACCACCCGGAGAAAAGAGGGUCGCACGGUCAAUUGUGUUGAAAAAAUAAUAGGGUCGGCAGGGAAAAAUCAGGUUGGUCGGCAACCGGAACCACAGGUAUUCCACCCGGAGAAAAUAGGGUCGCACGGUAAAUUGUGUUGAAAAAAAUAAUAGGGUCGACAGAAAUAAUAUGGUCGGUUGGGAACCGGAGCCACAGGUUUUUUUAGGCCUAGUCACAGGUUUCUCAAGCAGGGUCUGAAAUUUGCAGUAUCCUGACAUCCACAGGAUACUAAAAUUUGAUUUUGGAUACCAAACUGUGAAUGACUUAUAUCCCAACUGGAUACUAAGAAAAUUUCAAACAUUAGGAAAAUGUUAAGCACCUCUGACAGUCUCCUGAUAGCUUUUGAAUACUAUGAGUUUGCCACCCAGGCCUUUCCUCAUAUUAUGCCAAAUAAAAAAAACAACUUGGUUAGCGUCACACUCUCACAAAUUUUCAGAGGCGGGCAGGCUCGUUUUUUAAAAUUUUUACUCGUUUUUUAAAUUUUUAAUAGUAUUUUUUGGGGGAUGGGGGCAGUUUUUCCACCAUAUCGGCAAUAUUUUUGUAUUGAUGUUGCGAAGGCCGCCAUUUUGCUAUAAGAACCUUGUACUGUAUACCCAAGCCCACACACUCCUGUCGAUCAGUAUAUAGCGGGAAGGUCUGAGCAUGAGGAAAAUUUCCAAUAAUAAACUGUUUUAAGCUGUAAAACGGAGAGAUUUACAUUAAAAAAAAUAAAAAAGAUUUCAGAGGCGGCAGAAAUCGAGAGGUGGGGGGCGGUGACGCUAACGAAGUUUUUUUUAUUUGGCCUUAUGUGCAUUUUUGUGUAUUAAUUAAUGAAUUGUCUAGUUGUUGACUAUUGAAUCUCCGGUUGUUAUUGUAAUUUGUAACAGUGAGAGUUAUGGAAACUUAUUUGGAUGGGACAGUGCAUAAUAUUUAUGCUAACCGGAAGUGGGAUACUGGAUUCUCAGGGGGACACUGAGAAAAGGUUAAAUUUCAGACCCUGACUCAAGUAUAAAAUUGGCAUGAAAGUAUUAUGGUAAAAAAUGCAGGAUACUGCUGUUUUCAAAACUGGUCAUCUUGUGUAUCAACGGCAUGUGCGCUAUUCCGAGAUUUUCAUUUGGUUGAAAUAUAUAUUAUAAAACUGAUAAAAAUGAAAUACUUUACUCGUCUAAAACGUCUUUUAAAAAUCUGUAUGAGUGAAAUUAUAAUCAGACUUCAUUGUUGGUGUUAACUAAAGAAGAAAUGAAAUACUUGCUGUAAUGAAAAGGUAUAAAUAAUAUUGUGGUCUUAUUGGAAAAACCUGCACCCCUCGUGUAGAUAAAUAUGGAUCUCUAGCGGGGAUAGACUUGCUCCAAGUCUCUCUUUUAUUGUCAUAUCGAUCCACUAUAGUGUACAUUACAUUACGUAGCACGGAGAGGCGGAGCGAGAAAGAGAGACUUGUCAACUUCUGAAAAUCUCUGUUCAAAACUGAACUGAAAAUGCAAGACUUACUUUAAUUCUUUUCCUUCAAUUUCUUUCUUUAUCAUUUACUAUAAUGGAACUCGUGUUAUUUACAUGUGCUAGAUCAAUACAUAUAAACACUGACAGAAAACAAUUAAAGCAAGUCUUGCUGACUCUUGCAUUUUCAGUUCAGUUUUGAACCGAGAUUUUCCGAAGUUGACAAGUCUCUCUUUCUCGCUCCACCCCUCUGUACUAGGUCAUGUAAUGCACACUAUAGUGGACCGAUAUGACAAUGAAAGAGAGACUUGGAGCAAGUCUAUAGUGGGGAUGGUCCAGCAUGAUCUGGUGAAGUGUUCUGCCAGCUCUGGUGCAGAGUUGUGUCGGUCACAUGUGCCGCCCGCCAUCAACAUACAGCAGUACUUGCUUGACUACCGUAUUUGAACUAUAAUUGUUGUUCACAGUUCGUUUAUCAUCAUGUUAUUACUCAAAUUACUGUAUUUAGAGCUGCUCCCAUUGGUUAAUUUUCAUAGCAGAUUAAUAGUUGUCAACAAUUGAUUAAUAUUGAUUAAUCGUAUUGAUAAUUAAUUUAUAAUUAAUUUUAAUAUGUACUAUUUACAACAUGAGCGGCUGUGUUGUAUCGGAUAUACAAACUCGAGCCGAAGGUGAGAGUUUGUAUAUCCGAUACAACACAGACGCAAAUGUUGUAAAUGGCUUUGAAAAAAGGACUCAUCUUAUGAGUUCAUUGGCGAAGUAAUUUUAAAAAUAAACGUUGUCUAAGACGAGAAAAUCAAAGUUAAAAUUUAUGUAAAUCAACAUGAAUCUGUAUCACAUAUACAGAUACGACACGCUUAUGAUUUUUCUUUGUGUUUUCUUCAUGAAUUAUUAAUGAGUUUUUUAAGACUAGCCCAUGGUGGUUUGACAGGUUGGUAAAUUGUAAUUAAACUUUUUACUAAAUUUUUGGGGAUUGCACCAGUCAGUAUAAAUGUUUAAAAUAUCUGUUUAAAAUGAACGUUAAAAUCACAAUUAUAGAUUGUACACAUUCUCGCGCUCUUUACCACUUCACACAAGAGACAUGCAUUAUGCUGUUUAAGCAUAAUCGAUUAUGGAAAAAUAAUCGAUUGAUCGAUUAAUCGGGAGCAGCUCUACUGUAUGUCAAUUUGUCUCUAAUAUUUUUUUUGCAUUAUCAUGAAAAAUAGCACCCUCCCCCCAGUAAAUCCAUCCCUGAUCUCUAGUUUUGACUGUCAAUCAAUCUCUAGCAAAGAGAACUUGACUUGGGUUUUUUGGUAUUAAAAAUACAAUUUUAAAACUUGGGAUAACUCUAUUCAUAGUAUUUAUGAAUAUCUCCGAUGUCUCUGACAUUUGCAAAGUGGAAUUUUGCAGAGUAAAAUAAAUGCUGGUCAGUUUUUGCCAACUUUAAUUAAAGGUUUAUUGUAGUAUAUCUUUCAUAUAUAUGGCCUUGGCGCUAGGACUUUUUAUCUUGUUAUAUUGUUUUACUGUCGAUGCAAUGGAAGUGUUGAUAAAAUAUUGCAUGAAUUCAUUUCCUCAAGUUGAUCAAUUCAUACGAAUUCAAAUUUCUUUUUACUUCCUGUGCGUUUCCUAUUGGUCAAUCGGUUCUGAAACGAAAUCUAAUUGGCUCAUCUAAAAGUAACAGGAAGUUGAUCAAUUUUCUAUCAAAUGAAUUGAUCAACUUGAGGAAAGGAAUUGGUGCAAUAUUUUAUCAACACUUCCAUUGCAUCGACAGUAAAUAUAGUCGGUAAUGUAUAACUCUGUCAUCAUGAAAGAUAACUACCCAAUUUUUUCCAUCAGUAACAAGAUAAAUGGCUCUUAAUCUAAGGUUUCCAUUGUGUCUUCUGCAUCAUGAAAGCAAGGCUAAGACUUGGUUUCCGUAUGGUCGUAACUCAUAACGGUCGUAAAAAUUGAGUCGCAGUCUUUCUGAUCAGCUGAAAUACAACAUUUUAGAACUGAUAAUAUAUGCAGAGUGAUCAUAACUAGAGAAUACGUAUGAUUUAUAUGUGGUUUACAGGUAUAAACUAUUAUAUACAGGCCGUUGAGAAAGAUUGUGACUCUAUUUUUAAGACCAGUGGCAUAAUGUUAUAUCAGGGGGCCCCCGGUUUAAAAUUUUCAAAGGCCCCCCUAGUAGAAGUGCCGAAGGCACGAGUUGAGCACCGUAUAUUCACAAGUUUUCUAGUGGGUCCAGGGCAUGAAAUGUUUGAAUCUAGACUGUCUGAAAUGCCAUUUCCUGGACUUUGGGGAGAGACUUUACAGAAUUCUGAUGGUCAGAAAACGACAUUGUAAUAUAUCAAAGGCCUCCCUGGCCAAUGUUUUUGCUCAACAGCCUGAGCCUGGGGGCCCCCAUUGGGGUUGGGGGCCCCCGGGUUCGCCCGGGCUGAACCCAUAAUAGUUACACCACUGUUUACGACCAUAUGGAAACCAGGCUUAAUGGACAAGGCCAUAUGUUUUUUGGAAAAGUGUUUUAAUUAACUAAGAUUAUUUUGCUAAAGUACUACCGAGGAUAGUGGGUCAUCCAAGGGGUUACCUGUAGAUAUGCAAAACCCUCGUUAUAUUAUUGUACUUAGGGUGAGGCAGUUAAUUAAUAAACCAAAAAAAAAUACCGCUAUUCUUCUGGAUAACCGAUGAAAUCAGGCUUGUACAUUUUUUGUCAGAAAUGUUUCUAUUCAGUCUGGAAUGUUUCUAUUCAGUAACUGUCAUUUUUAAACUAAAGUCUUGUGCAAGUAGCAUUGUGCAUGUUUUUACAGUCAAAACGGAAAUAUCUGCACACUUCCGCUUGUGUAGUUCGUUGUGUAAUACUGUAUUUUUGUAGCUGCUGAAAAAAUGUUUGUUCAAAAAUCGUGCAUUAAGAUAUAACUAAUAGCUGUUGUGGAAUUUAUUGAUUAGCCAAUGCAUAUUCCAUCCAAGAUAAUGCAACCAAACAUUAGUCGAGAAUAUGCUGCUUCUUGUCGGUAAAUUUUUUUCGAGCUUCUCCAGAAAUACAGUAUCACACAACAAACUACAGUAACCAAAGUGUGCAGAUAUUUCCAUUUUGACUGUAAAUUAGCCUUUCUCAUGUGGCCGAAUAUUGGCCAUUUUCUGUGGUAAUGUCUUCCCUCGUCAAAGAAACUAGACAAUUAAAACAAUGUCAAAAGUGACUUUUCAAAAUUUUGGAUGUAAAUUUACCAUUACGCUGUGUGGCACUCUCUGACUUGCGAGAGGCAGCGCCCCAACAAUGAUGGAUAAAUCGAGUGUGAGAUUCACUUGGUUGUCCAGCCGGUUUUUGGUUUCUUAUAAAAAUAGCCUCACCCUAACUUUGCCCCGUGUGAUUACGUCAUGUGCAUUAUUGGUCUAACAGAGGUCGAGGUGGUAACAGAUCUGAUGGUGGAAAUUCUGGAGGUUACGGGUCGGGUAAGUCAAAGCAACAGGCAAGAUCUUUACCACCUUUUUUCCAUUUCAUCAUUUGAUAACCAUUUGUGUUCGUUCAUUGAGUGUUGUCCGGGUCUAACAAAUGACAUGGUAGAUUUGCGGUUUUGCCGAUUCAAAUAUCUGGUUAUUUUGCAGGUAGAAAAUGUGCCGGAAUAUGCUUAGUAAAAUGCGGUCAAAUUAUCUGCGGUUAAAAUAUGGUCAAAAUAUGUGGUCAAUUGUACGAGUACAAAUAAUACAUGUUGGUGAAUAUUGUCGGUAUAUAUGGUAGAUAGUGUUAAAUCUGGUAAAAUGCGGUCAAUUAAAUGUAUCUGGGUAUGAGAAAUUUCCGGUGUUCAUAUACCAGAGAAAUUAUACCGAUAUUAUCAGCAUACUACUGCGAUAAUUCUGAAGGCAUUUCCGUGCGAGCGUAGACAGGCAUUGUUCUUAAUGCGAAAUCUCUACUUCUUACUAAUACCGUUGUUUUUGAUAUAUCGGUACACCAUACAUCUCUAAUUUGUAGUUGAAAAUGCGGUCAUGGUAUAAAUGUGCAUUGCAUUGUGUGAAAACACAGUCUACCAUGCCAAAGUGUACUGGUCAAUAUGUACACAAAUAUAGCAUCAGUGUUACAGUGUGUAUGGUGUAUAUAUCCGGUUGGUUCAAUUUUCAAUAAUGCAAGCGUGUUCCAAACAGUUUGAAUAACAGUCUUCGAUAUUACAUCGCGGUGUAUUAUAAUGUAGUCGUAGAAAUGAAUGGUGGUUGAAAACGUAAAUUCAUAAAUGUCAAAUAUAAAAUAUUUCGAACAAAGUAUUUUGCCCUUUAUAUACGAAGCAUGAUUGAACUAGAUUCGUAUAAAUUCGUGUUAAACCAAUUUACUGUGUCAUCGGUUGGUUAGUCGUUAUAAGUAUAACUUUUGAUGGGUCCAUAUACUGUAUAUUCUUAAUUUAUAUUCUCAUAAUCUUGCCUUUUGUCGUGAUUCAUGAGAGCGAGGCUCCCAGGCCAAGAAAUUAUUUAUGACGUAAUUAUUGAAAAGGUGUAUAUUUGUCUAGAAUGACAUAAUGAUUACUUUUUGGCCUGGGAGCCUCGCUCUCAUGAAUCAAGACUUUGAAAGGCUAUUCGCUCACAAUUGACCACUUGCGUAAUAGACUAAAUUUUGAUCUAGACAAAAAUUCCAUCACAACUUGAAAGAGCAUCACAAAAUUAGUAAUAUUCCAAAGUUUCGUUGCGAAAUGUUGUAAAAUGCGGAUAAUAUAGCCUUGCGAAGUUUGCAAUUUUCAGUCAUUUUAGAUUACAAACGGGAAAUUGACAGCCCAACAUUUCGCAACGAAACUUUGGAAUAUUACUAAUUUUGUGAUGCUCUUUCAAGCUGUGAUGAAAUUUUUGUCUAGACUUGUUUAGAUCAAAAUUUAGUCUAUUACGCAAAUGGUCAAUUUAUGAGGCCAAGGUUUCCGGGCCAAAGAGGGAUUUCUGACAUAAUUGUCGAAAGAGUGUAUUUGUUAACACUUAACAUUUGGGGAGGCAAUGUGGAUUGGAUACAGGGGCGUGGCAACAGUAUCAGGAUUGGGUAUGUGUCAUAUGAUAAUGACCAACUGUUUUGUGUUUCUAUAAAACGUUUCGAAUCUGAGAAAUUUUUAAACACAUUUUCUUUCAAUAUCUUUUGACCAACACUAAAUCUUUGUUUGACCAACUUUUUAAUACUUAGAAUAAUUGGUGGUGCACACACACACAAGCCUCCCCGGUUGCCACGUCCCCUGAAUAUAUUAACUCUGAGCAUUAAUCUGCACCCUCGAUCUAUUGUAACAUUGUUACUGGUGAAAUGACAAUUUUUCAAGCCAGAUGUUCUGAUGAUUUUCUCUCCAUUUCUAGGUGGUGGUCAUUCAGACCAAGGAGCAGGUGUGUAUGAUAAAAAUUACAUUUUAAAAACUGGUGAUUCAUCGUUCAGCCUGGGUGCAGAGAGGUUUUGGUGUCAGGGAAGUUUUAAGGCAUGGCGGCCAUGCUGCUCCUGAGCGCAGGCUACAGAUUCAGGAAAAUAAGAGCCCCUCGCGAUUCCAGGCUAUUCAUAGUUUGACGAUAUUGAAAUAAUUUUAGGUGCGCCCAAGGAGUACCAGGACGACACUAUCUUUAUCUCUGGUCUCCCACCUGACGCAACUGUUGAAGAUAUUGGAAACACGUUUGGCUCCAUUGGUAUCAUCAAGGUAUGGAAUGCAUUCUGACUAAGAGUCAGAUUGCACAUCUGUAUUGCUUGAGAUGAUUCCGUUGAUAUCAGCUUCCUUUUAUUGUUAGUAAUUGACCAAAUUUUGAUCUCAACAAGUCUUGACAAAAAUUUCAUCACAGCUUGAAAGAGCAUCACAAAAUUAGUAAUAAUCCAAAGUUUCGUUGCGAAAUGUUGUAAAAUGCGGAUAAUAUAGCCUUGCAAAGUUUGCCGUUUUUCAGUCAUUUUGUAUUACAAACGGGAAAUUGACAGACCCAAAGGGUAUUGGUAUGUCAAUUUCCCCCGCGUAAUGCAAAAUGUUUGAAAAACGGCAAACUUCGCAAGGCUAUAUCAUCCGCAUUUUACAACAUUUCGCAACGAAACUUUGGAAUAUUACUAAUUUUGUUGUGCUCUUUCAAGCUGUGAUGAAAUUUUUGUCUAGACUUGUUGAGAUCAAAAUUUUGUCUAUUACGCAAGUGGUCAAUUGAUAACUGUCAGAAACUAACUCUCGAGAUUCAUACAACCACAGUGAUACAAUCAAUAACAUUUUUUAGAUGGACAAAAAGACGCAAGGCAAGAAGAUUUGGUUAUAUCGUACGCCCUCUGGAGAAUCCAAGGUGAGUCCCGUGGUUUCAUUUGCAGCCAUAAUCUGGAAAAAUAGAAGCAUGUGUUGCAGUUACCUUUGUGAAAUACAUGGGUAAUCAAAGUUUCACAAUAUGGAACUAGAUAGACAGACAGACGGACAAAUAGAUAUACAGAUAGACAGAUAGAUGGUUUUAGUCAAUACCUUGACUUGUAGUGUAUAUACAGAAUUGAUGAGGUUUACAGUUGAGAAGAAAAGCUAAAAAAAAUUUAUUAACUAUUUACAAAAAUUAUUUACAUUAAAAUAUUUACUAUAUAUUAUUUACUAUUUACAAUAAAAUAUUUACUAUAUAUUAUUUACUAUUUACAAUAAAAAUAUUUACUAUAUAUUAUUUACUAUUUACAAUAAAAAUAUUUACUAUAUAUUAUUUACUAUUACAAUAAAAAUAUUUAAUAUAUAUUAUUUACUAUUUACAAUAAAAUAUUUGCUAUAUAUUAUUUACUAUUACAAUAAAAAUAUUUACUAUAUAUUAUUUACUAUUUACAAUAAAAAUAUUUACUAUAUAUUAUUUACUAUUUACAAUAAAAAUAUUUAAUAUAUAUUAUUUACUAUUUACAAUAACAUAUUUGCUAUAUAUUAUUUACUAUAUAUUAUUUACUAUUUACAAUAAAAAUAUUUACUAUAUAUUAUUUACCAUUUACAAUAAAAAUAUUUACUAUAUAUUAUUUACUAUUUACAAUAAAAAUAUUUAAUAUAUAUUAUUUACUAUUUACAAUAAAAUAUUUACUAUAUAUUAUUUACUAUAUAUUAUUUACUAUUUACAGUAAAAAUAUUUACUAUAUAUUAUUUACUAUUUACAAUAAAGUAUUUACUAUAUAUUAUUUACUAUAUAUUAUUUACUAUUUACAAUAAAAUAUUUACUAUAUAUUAUUUACUAUUUACAAUAAAAUAUAAGAAUAGAACACUAUACUAUAUAAUAUAUAAUAUAUAAUAUAAGAAUAGAACACUGUAAGAAUAGAACACUAUACCCUUUUUAAAAUAACAAUGGACGCACAAAACUAUAGACAAUAUUCAUUUUGAAGAUUUUUAGUGGGUGUAUAUUUUUAUGUAUUUAUAUAGAAAUAAUUUUCAAAUAAAGUUGCUAGUAUAUUACUAUAUAUUAUUUACUAUUUACAAUAAAAUAUUUACUAUAUAUUAUUUACAAUAAAAAUAAUCUUGUUUUCAUUAUGUAGGGUGAAGCAACAGUCACCUAUGAUGAUCCACCCACAGCAAGCGCUGCCAUUGAGUGGUUUAAUGGUUAGUACUGAUCUUGAUUCUAAAUUCUUACUUGACAAACUAAGACAACUAGCUGAGAUUUAAUUUAAAUCUUUUCCUUUUUCCUUUGCUACCAGCCAAAGAUUUCAUGGGUGCGAAUAUCAAAGUUGAAUUUGCUGAGAAAUUUGUUCCAAAGAAGAUGCGGGGGGAUAGAGGCGGCGGUGGACGAGGAGGUGGGAACAAACGUCUUACUCUAGAGGACCCACACUGGGCCAUAAUCGUGAUCCCGCCCCCCCCCCCCCCCCCCCCUACACACACACUGUGAAACGUUUUAAAAUGUGCACUGAAUGGACCACUUGCGCAAUAGACUAAAUUUUGGUCUAGACAAAAAUUUCAUCACAACUUGAAAGAGCAUCACAAAAUUAGUAAUAUUCCAAAGUUUCGUUGCGAAAUGUUGUAAAAUGCGGAUAAUAUAGCCUUGCGAAGUUUGCAAUUUUCAGUCAUUUUGUAUUACAAACGGGAAAUUGAUGCCCCAACACCCGAUUGCAUGGGCUGUCAAUUUCCCGUGCGUAAUACGAAAUGACUGAAAAACGGCAAACUUCGCAGGGUAUAUUAUCUGCAUUUUACAACAUUUCGCAAACUAACUUUGGAAUAUUACUAAUUUUGUGUUGCUCUUUCAAGCUGUGAUGAAAUUUUUGUCUAGACUUGGCUAGAUCAAAAUUUAGUCUAUAAUGCAAAUGGUCCAUUCUUUGUAUGUUUUUCAAUUUCAUUCACUUUUAUUCACAAGCUUCUGUCUCAGACCAGUGAACUGACGGAACAGGCUCCUUCUAUCCACUUUUAUUGCUCCAGUAUUGUUUCAGGAGGAAGCCUUAGUACCUGGAAAAAUCCUGCAGGGUUUGCUAGAGCCCGCAUUCUCACCGCGCGAAGCUAAGGAAGCACAAUCAAUUCAACUUUUUGUAUAAACAAUUUAAAAUUGUUAGAUAGUAUACAAAUAAUGAAUGUUUAUGAGUGCAAUGGUAAGAAUAUUUUCAUUAGGUGAAAGAUGGAAUGUUCCAUUCAACGAGGCGACAGCCGAGUUGAAUGGAACAUUCCAUUUUUCACCUAAUGAAAAUAUUCUUACCAAUGCACGAAAAAACAUUCAUUAUUUGUUUUGUAUAAUACCAAAAUAGACUAUAUUUCAACUUGAAUGAGAAAUCUAUUUUAUUAAAGGAUUCUUCGAAUUCGGAUUGGAAUUCUUUUUCAAAGCUCGGAUUCGGAUUAGACAAUUUCGGAUCGGAUUUUAAACCUUAGCCAAUGGACCAUUUGCAUUAUAGACUAAAUUUUGAUCUAGACAAUAAAUUUCAUCACAGCUUGAAAGAGCAUCGCAAAAUUAGUAAUAUUCCAAAGUUUCGUUGCGAAAUGUUGUAAAAUGCGGAUAAUAUAGCCUUGCGAAGUUUGCCGUUUUUCAGUCAUUUUGUAUUACGCACGGGUGUUGGGUGUUGGGGCAUCAAUUUCCCGUUUGUAAUACAAAAUGACUGAAAAUUGCAAAUUUCCCAAGGCUAUAUUAUUCGCAUUUUACAACAUUUCGCAACGAAACUUUGGAAUAUUACUAAUUUUGUGAUGCUCUUUCAAGCUGUGAUGACAUUUUUGUCUAGACUGGUUUAGAUCAAAAUUUAGUCUAUAAUGCAAAUGAUCCAUUGUCGGAUUAUAAACGUCCAAUCCGAUCUGAUGCACACCUCUAAUACAUAUAUACAUGUGACUGAGGUGAAAUUAUAAUCACAUAGCAACAUAUUGCAGGAAUCAAACCCCACUCAGAGAUACAUGCAUUAACACAAUAAGAUCAUCCUGAUUCAAUCCUGUGUUAUACUCUUUUUAGGUGGAGGUCGUGGCGGACGCGGGGGAGGUUUCCGCGGAGGACGUGGUGGCGGCGGCGGUGGUGGCGGUGGCGGUGGUGGUGGUGAUCGCGGAGGUGACUGGGAUUGCCCAAGCUGUAGUAACAUGAAUUUCGCGCGAAGAACGACAUGUAACCGAUGUAACACUGCGAAACCUGAUGAUGGCAGUGGUGGUGGUGGUGGUGGUAAGUGUAUUCCGUGAAGAAGAACACUGGUGUGUUUAUCGAAAGUGACGUUUCGUCUUAAUGGACCUAUUACCUAAAUUAUGAACAAAAUGUACAUCUAGACAAGAAGUUUGCCGUUUUUCAGUCAUUUUGUAUUACGCACGGGAAAUUGAUGCCUUUUUUUCAGAAAGCGGUAUCAAUUUCCCGUGCGUAAUACAAAAUGACUGAAAAACGGCAAACUUCGCAGGGCUAUAUUAUCCGCAUUUUACAACAUUUCGCAACGAAACUUGGAAUGUUAUUAAUUUUGUGAUGCUCUUUCAAGCUGUGAUAAAAUUUUUGUUCAUUAGGUAAUAGGAAAUAGGUCCAUUCAAGACAUCUUCAGUCUAACAGUAAAAUUACAAUGACAAGGAUCUAUUAUGAUAUUGUGUAUGGCUCUAUUUAGAGUUUUGUGUUAUGCUUGGAUCUUAUUUUCAUAAGACAACAUGAUCUCUUCUCAAAAUUAAGGCUAUGUCUUAAUUGUUAAACUUUUGAAAAUUAAGGAUAUGGCUUAAUUUUGAAAUUCUCCAAAAUUAAGGCAUAGCCUUAAUUUAUUAAUACCACAAUCAUUAGGCAAGGUUUCUUACUAUAAAAGUAAUGGUCAGACUAACGGAGGCUUGUCGCGCAGGGGUGGGACUUUUUUUUAAAAAAAAAGGUCGCCAGAUUUGGAUUGGAUUAGGGUUAAACUAAGAUUAGAUUAGGGUUAAUUAAGGGUUAGGGGGGUUAGAGGUUGGGGUGAUGUUUGAAAUUAAGGCAAUGACUUAAUUUGAAACGCUUUAUACAAUUAAGACAUAGCCUUAAUUUUCGGAAGAGAUCGAGCUGCAUAAGAAUACGUUUCCCGCCCGGAAGGUCGCUCUCCCAAAGGUCGCGGGUUCGAUUCCCACCGUGGCCAAGCUAACUUUUCAGUUUCCGGUGUGGAUGAUCACUCAGAGUAACAUCACAAACAAUUAUUGACAUAAGUAUAGAGAGUCGAGUAUGAAACCCUGAAUCUAAAGCUGGGUGAAACGAGGAUGAGGCAAGCGAAACUUUGUAACCGAGAGUUUUCACAGCUCUCAUGCCCCGGUCAAACGAGAACAAGAGUUGAUGUACUUGAUGAGAGUUGAGAGUUUGCAUGAGAGUUUUCACAAUUCUCGUGCCCCGGUCAAACGAGAACAAGAGUUGCGUGAGAGUGGACUGAAUAUUACUGCGUGCGUAUCGAAAACCCUCGUCAACUCUCAUCAAAAUUUUUGCAUGAAAAUGAUCUCGCCUUCCAAGGAGUCAAUUUUCUCGCACAGAGAAAGAGAAUCUAACUCUUUUCAUUAGGGUGGAAAGACCAGCGAAAACUCUCAAGCUUUAGCAAAGGCGAUUGAUUCUUUUCGCGGGCAAUAGUCCUGAGCGAAACAAGUACUAAUUAAAUAUUUGUCAAAUUUUCCACCUCUAGGUUAUGGCGGUGGUGGUUAUGGCGGUGGAUACAGAGAUGGGGGACGUGGUGGUGGUCGUGGGGGAUCACGAGGAGGACGAGGGGGUGGAUAUGGAGGGGGUAGAGAUGGCGCGUAAGUACCAUUAAGCAAAUAGGUCGUAACGGUAUGUCAAUGUCCUCCAUCUCAAAAGUGAUGAGAAAUGUAAACCUGAACUACAGUGAAGGCAAAAUAACUACAAUUCUCUGAUUUGAUACUCGAUCAUGACAUCGCCUGUAAAUUGGACCAGUUUAUCAAGCCUGCUUUGCACCAUCGAAGUUUCUGUGAUCACAGUAGGAAAUUUGCAAACUAAGGUAAAUUUAGGGAAAAUUGUCCAGGAACUGACUGAGUGUUUACUUAAAACAACGAAUCAGUUCCCUCAAACAUUUCUUACAAAUCCUUCAAAACUUAGCAUUUACCUUUGCAAAAUUACAACUUUGAUCACAGAAACUUUGACAGUGUUAGCCGGGAUUUAGAAUUAAAACUAAUAUCCAGUAGUUGUACACGAAAUGCGAGGCUACGGGAAUCCAUGAGUCGGGAUGCCGAGUUAGCAGGAAGAUUAUUGGUUUCACUCAGCAUAGUCUUUCAAAACAUGGUUUGGAAACUCCGCUGAAGUCUUGUUCUAUCUUUUUGUUCGCGUUUAUGCUGUUUUGUGCACGGUGCAUGGUCAAUGAACACAUUGUAUUUCAGUAUAAUGAACGAAUCAUCCAAUAGCAACGUUUCAGUUCAGUCAUUCAACCAUGAUAUUUAAAUAUUAAUAAACCUAAAACAAAGGAUGUGCACGGUGUAAGGUACGGCUCAACAUAAACCCCCAGCUCAUUAUAGCCGCUUUGACGUUUACUGAGUUUCCAGACCAUGUCUCGAAAGACUAUGCACUCAGUGAGCUCAUUGUCUCAAUAUAACUUUGGGGAAAUUAAGUAAUUAAUCGUUUAAACAGUACACUGUUAUCAAGAAAUAUUUUCUCAAACACCGUAACAUUGGGAGGAAGUGAAAACACUGAUCAGUAUUUCAUUUUCUUUCUUUCCAGGGGUGACAGACGACGCGAUCGAAGAGAUGCACCUUAUUGAGUCACCAGAAUAAACACAAUGUAUCCGAAACAACAAAACUUCAAAAAGCCCAAACAACUUGUGUACAGCGAACCUGUAUGCACAUAGCUAAUGUGAAGUAGCUGGCAGCUUUAUGGUUGCUUAAUUUGAACAUUUUAAAAUGGCAGUUUCUGCUGCGAUAGACAUACAUUUACUAUAAGCAACAGUUGUAGUUUUAAAUGUUGAAUAUGUUUCAUAGUGAUAAUUUGUAAAUGUAGAUGUUGUUUUGUUUUGAAUCUUUUGAUGUAUUUUUCAUUAAAUUUGUCGAUUGUCUCGUUAAUUAAAGUUGAUUUACA